AUGGCGGCCGGCAGCAGCGGCGGCCCGGGCGCUCCGUGCCGGCACCACGCGCAGCUGGGAGCCUGCGAGUCGCGCGCCAAGUACCGCGAGGGGUGGCGGCCGCGCGCCGUGAAGGUUUACACUAUCAACUUGGAAUCUCGCUAUUUACUGAUACAAGGAGUUCCUGCAUUAGGUGUUAUGAAGGAAUUAGUUGAACAAUUUGCAUUAUAUGGUGCCAUUGAGGAAUAUCAUGCUCUAGAUGAAUAUCCAGCAGAGCAAUUUACUGAAGUGUAUCUUAUAAAAUUCAAAAAACUGCAAUGUGCAAGGGUGGCCAAGAAAAAAAUGGAUGAACGAAGUUUCUUUGGUAGUUUGCUGCAUGUGUGCUAUGCUCCAGAAUUUGAAACAGUCCAAGAAACUAGAGAGAAGUUGCAGGACAGAAGAAAGUAUAUAGCAAAAGCAACAAAUCAAAGAGAUUUCUGUGUGAUAAAGAAAAUAGAAGGCCCUAAGAAGACAGCCUCAAAGAACUCUGAGCAUGACUGUCCAUGGAGUACAUCAGGAUCACAUGUAGCCAGUAACUGGGAUCCAUCCUGCUUUACAAGUUCUCCUGGGGUAUCCCACAACACAGCAUAUCCAUCUGGGAAUCAAAAUCAGAGCCUGUUAACAUCUCCGCACUAUGGUAACAGUUGUGCUGAAAUUUCUGGGAACUUGGGUCAGAACACAUCUUUAACUCCAAGUAUCCAUCCAGAAGGACAUACUCCACCAGCUUCCCUAAUGCAGCAAAGAAUGGUUCCAGCUUACAAUGGAAUUGACAGGUUUAUGCCUCGUGCAACUCACCUGCAAGAACGUAAGAGGAAGAGAGAAGAAGGUAACAAGUUUUCCCUCAUUGGAACAAGUGAGGACAAUAGUGAAGUUAUUAUUGGCCCACAGCUACCAGAAAUAUCUAAAGUGGAUAUGGAUGAUGAGUCUUUGAAUACUUCAGCUACAUUAAUUCGAAAUAAACUGAAAGAGGUAGCAGAUUCUGCUUCAACAUCUGUGGAAAAGCCAGAGAGCAGCUCAGCCAAACCACUUGUAAAGCAGAGAAGAAGAAUAUAGAUACUGCUGGCAGCAUCUUCCAACAGUCCUUUUGUAAAGAAUAUAGUUUAAAAUACUUAUUUUUUAAUGUAAAAAAUAAAACUUUCUUUAUAUUAUAUUUCCCAGUGAUUCCCUUUUAAAAACUGUAUCAGUUUGUUACUUGGGAUGAAGAAACCAAUAUACUGUAGUAUUGUUGCAGUGUUGUCCUGUGUAACUCGUUACAUAUUUUAUAACUCAUGGAAGAAC